UGCAUUCUGGACUUCCCGACUAUUUUGACCAUUGAAAAAAAAAUCAAAUUAGGCUCCUAAACUCAAUCAUAUUCACCAUGGCUAUACAAAGUUCUUCUUUAUAAGACCAUUUACCACUUACGUAUUAGAUCUAUCUUUUUCUAAUGUCUUCAAUAAUUGCUCUUUUUCACUCUCAUUUGCUUGUAUCUGUCAUCACCCUCCUGGUUCCUGCAAUAGCUCAAGUUAAUACCAACAUAAGUGUGGGUUCAGCUCUCUUUGCCACUGAUGAUAACUCCACUUGGACUUCACCAUCUGGUGAUUUUUCGUUUGGAUUCCGCCGCCUUCCAGGUCAACAAGAUCAGUUCCUUCUUGCUAUCUGGUUUGCUAAGAUACCAGAUGAAACUAUAGUUUGGUCUGCAAACGGACGCUAUCCAGCAGAGAGAGAAUCAAAAGUUGAGCUUAACACAGCUGGACAGCUUGUACUCAAAGUUCCAGGUGGAUGGGAGUUGUGGAGGUCCAGCAACAAUGACAAUCCUCAAGUAUCAAAUGGGGCUAUGCUAGACACUGGGAAUUUUGCUAUAACAAGCACAAACUCAAGCAUCUUAUGGAAUAGCUUCGAUGAACCAACCAAUACCAUGUUACCAACUCAAGUACUGGGUUUUAGGAGCAGCCUUUUCUCUACCAUGUCCCAAAAAAGCUACGGGGUGGGUAAAUUUCAGCUCCGUUUCAGACAACAAAAUAUAUCAAAUUCCUCAUACGGUCUGAUACUUAAUCAAAUAGGUGUCUACACCCAAAAUACUUAUGGAGCUUAUUAUGCUGAACUUAAUGUUACUGAGCUGAUCAUGGAUAAGUCAGGCUACCUUCUAGUCAAGAGCUCACUGGGAGCUAUAUCCAACCUUUCAUCAGAGGGUGAGGUCUUGACGACAGACUCAGACUCCUACUACAGGGCAACACUUGACUUUGUUGGUGUUUUCAGACUCUAUACUCACCCAAAGAAUUUUACUGGAAAACAAACCUGGUCUGCAAUUCGGUAUGUUCCUAAAAACAUCUGCCUGAAUAUUGUUGACACUUUUGGAAGUGGCCCUUGUGGUUAUAACAGCAUAUGUAUCAUAGGAGCUUAUGGUAUGCCAGUGUGCCAAUGCGCUCCAGGCUUUUCUCUUUUGGAUGUAAAUAACAAGUAUAGUGGCUGCAAACAAGACUAUGUAAACUACAUAAAUGAAUGUAACGAGAUUGGUGGUACUGUGAAUUCAGAAGAUCAAUUUGAAAUCUUGGAGAUGGAGAAUGCUGAUUGGCCUUUAACUGCCUAUGAACUACUAGAACCCACAACAGAAUUUGAAUGCAAGAAAUCUUGUCUGCACGAUUGUUAUUGUGCAGUUGCCAUUUUCCAGGAUCCGAACUAUAAUAAUGGCACAGGAAGAUGUUGGAAGAAGAAAUUACCACUUUCUAAUGGGAGGUAUGACCGCGGUGCCAUUGAUAGAAAAGCUCUAUUCAAGAUAUUGAAAUUGAAUAGCUCUUCACAAAAUCCUACAAAUCCAAAUCCGGGCCAAGGAAAACAGAAUCAAGCAACAUUGAUCCUUGCAGUCCUCCUAGGUACUUCUGUAUUUUUUAAUUUCUUUUCUGUAGCUGCAAUUUCUCUAGUUUUCUUCUGUUUGUGGCAAGGAAAACUACCACAUUUCUACAGAACCUUACAUACAAAAGAUCUUGAUAUGAAUCUUCGUUCAUUUACAUACAAAGAUCUUGAAGAAGCCACUAGUGGAUUCAAAGAAGAAUUGGGUAGGGGUUCUUUUGGCGCUGUUUAUAAAGGGGUAUUAGUAUCAUGUCAUAGCAAAUAUGUUGCUGUCAAGAAGCUAGACAAGAUGAUAAAGGAAGGUGAGAGGGAAUUCAAAACUGAAGUAACUGUGAUCGGCCAAACUCACCAUAGGAAUUUGGUACGGUUACUUGGCUAUUGUGAUGAAGGUGAACACCGAAUUUUGGUGUACGAGUUUAUGUACAAUGGCUCAUUGUCGAGUUCCCUAUUUGGAGUAAUAAGACCAAGUUGGCAACAAAGAAUGCAAAUUGCAUUAGGAAUUGCUAGAGGACUAAUGUACUUACAUGAAGAAUGCAGCAUGCAAAUCAUUCAUUGCGACAUAAAGCCUCAAAACAUACUCUUGGAUGAUUUUUUUACAGCCAAAAUUUCUGACUUUGGAUUGGCAAAGCUUUUGAUGAACCAACAAGCCCGGACUCUCACUGGCAUCCGGGGGACUAAAGGCUAUGUUGCACCAGAAUGGUUUAGGAACACACCUGUCUCAGUAAAGGUGGAUGUUUAUAGUUUUGGUGUCAUGUUGUUGGAGAUCGUUUGCUGCAGGAGAUGUGUGGAAGUUGAGAUGGAGAGGGCAGCAAUACUUAUAGAUUGGGCAUAUGAAUGCUAUAGUAGAGGGAAAGUUGAAAGAUUGGUGGAAAACGAUGAAGAGGCUAUUAGUGAUAUGAAGUGGGUGAAGAGGCUAGUAAUGGUGGCAAUUUGGUGUGUACAGGAUGUGCCAUUAUUGAGGCCUUCCAUGAGAGAAGUCAUUCAUAUGCUAGAAGGAAUUCUUGAGAUUUCUGCACCUUCCUGUCCUUUCCUCUACAGUUCAACGUCCUAAGCUGAAAAGUCAUCGAUGGGAUUUUCAAAUAAUAGUAGUGUCUAAGUGAUGUAGUGUCAUAAUUGGCCAAAUAAUUUCCAAAUAGCAUUUUCGUGACUGCCUUUGAAAGUUUAGUCAUUUGGAAAGAUUGUAUUAAUCAAUAUCUUGUCUUGAAUUUAAGCUUAGUACUGCCACUUACUAACUGUGUUGUGUACUGUAAACUACCAUGUUUGUCUUGUAAAUGUGUUUUGACAUUUAGUUGUAACUUUGGGGGUUGUUGUUGUCUAUAGUCUAUAUAUAGUGUGGAUAUCUACGAAUUUAAACU